UACAUUUGAGAGCUCUCAAGAAUUUCUCUGGAAGGUUCAUUUUGGAUCGCCAGAAGCUUGAAUUUCCCAAAGGUGAAGAUGUCUUUCAGCAUAUCGUUUACUCUACUAGCUGUUGUGAGCGGCAUGCUACAUGACGAGAUCACAGAGACAGGAACAGAGGGCAACGUUGCUGUCAUCACCUGUCCUUAUAGUACAGGAUAUGAAUCUUACACCAAGUAUUUCUGUAAAGGAGGCUAUUCAGACUGUGUAACACUUAUAAAAAGUAAUGGGAAGGAACCCUGGACAUAUAAAGGAAGAAUCAUUAUGAAUGACAACACUGAGCAAAAAAAGUUGGUAGUGACCAUCAGUGACCUCAGAAUGGAGGAUGCAGGGAAUUACGGCUGUGGAAUCGAGUCAACAGGACGAGACCCUUUUACUUUAGUCCAUCUGAAAGUGAUUAAGGCUCCUAAGCCACCAAAAACAACCCAACCAAAGCUCACACAGUCUCCACCACCACCUGCCACCAAAAACAACCAAAGCAAUGCUCCCACACUCUCCACCAAUAAAACAGAGAACUCCACUUCAGCAGUGACUAAUGGAACAGGAAGUACAACAGAGGACAGAGGAAACACCACUCAGCCUGCCACCCACCAUCCAGACUCAGAUGCCUUCAUCAGCAUUGGAGGAGUAUUCGGUGGAGUCCUGCUGGCACUGGCAAUUAUAUCUGGAAUCUUUUUUGCCUUAAGAUGCAGUGCAGAGAAGGAAACGGCAGCUACAACUCUGCCGAACUCAGAGGUGAACAUGGAGGAGGUCCGGUUGUAUGAGGAGAUACAAACCACAGAUGCCGCCCAAGCUAAUGGCUCUGUCUCUACCUGUCAGGGCACAGUGCUGCACUCUGGAAAUACCUCAGCGAGUGACCGAUGUUCUAACCUUCAUCCAGCAUGUAUCACCGUGUACUCUGCAAUAACAAAUCAGGGCCUCAAUUCACACUCUGAUGACACCUGUCCCGCCCAACACACACACUAUGCUGUGACCCCCAUUAAGGGACUGCACAGUGAAACCCCCCAAAGCUCAAAAGAGCCAAAUUAUUGCAAAGUAUAUUUUGCAAAUGAUAAAACUAUGGAUGAAAGUCCGACAUACUCACUCAUCACUGUCCCCCAAAACUGACAGUGUAUCACAUUACUCAACUAUUCAGUUUCCACAAACUCUCAGCUCGGACCAAGAGCACCAAAACAUCCAAAACAUGGUCUCAGAACAAGAAAUAGACCAUGUCUAUGAUAAUGCUAAUUUCUGCUAGGAUUUCUAAUAGCAUAUUAAUGUUGCCCAACUUAUUUUAUUAUUAUUAUUAUUAUUAUUUUUUUUUGUUGUU